CAUGGAAUAGUUCAUAGAAAUCGUUCCAUACCUGGUGAUAUUGUGUGUGUCCAGUUGCUUGAUAGAUCAGAAUGGAAAGGAGUGACAAGAAAGUUACCAUUAAGAGAUAAUGAUGAGUCACAUGAUGAAUCGUAUGACAGCCCCAGACCAACUGGUAGAGUGGUUGGUAUAUGGUCUCGUUCUGAUAGAGACAUCAUUGCUAGUUUUCCAGAAGAAAAUGUUUCUAGUGAUAAAAUGAGAAAGGUACUUGUUGUACCGUAUGAUAUAGGAAUACCUAAAAUAAGAAUAAAUACAAGACUAUCAAAUGAACUCAAACACCACAGGAUUGUAGUUCGUUUUGAUGAUUGGGAUAUCAAUUCUCAUUAUCCUAAUGGUCACUUUGUACGGAGCAUUGGACCUAUAGGAGAUACUGAAACUGAAAUCCAGGCUAUACUAAUUGAGAAUGAGCUUAGCACUAGCAGCUUUACUCAAUCAAUACUCUCUGAAUUACCAGAUGGGGACAGUUGGAAAAUUGAAGAUGAAGAGUUGAGAAAGAGAAGAGACUUACGAUCGCACCUCAUAUACAGUAUUGAUCCUAAAGGCUGUGAGGAUGUGGAUGACGCUCUCUCUGUUAAGUCAUUAAGGAGAGGCAUUGAGUUAGGUGUGCAUAUUGCUGAUGUGUCAUAUUUUGUAAGAUCUGGUAGCUAUACUGACAGAGAGGCUAAAGAGAGGUCAACGACUGUGUAUUUAGCUGAUAGAAGAUAUGAUAUGUUGCCAGCUGUACUUAGCUCCAACCUUUGUUCAUUACUCAGUAAUGUAGACAGAUAUGCUGUAAGUGUUAUAUGUACAUUAGAUCCACAUUAUGAAAUUAAAAGUAUUUGGUAUGGACGUACAAUAAUUAGAUCAGCUUAUAAACUAACUUAUGAGGUAGCACAGGAUUUGUUUGAAGAUAAAGAUGAUGAAUAUAUGAUAAGUUUAAUACCUGAAUUGAGUGAAUCAAAAUUAACACCACCAGAACUCGCAGAAAAAGUCAGUGAAUUGAGGCACUCAAUAAAAAAGUUGGUGGAAAUUGCACGUGUACUAAGAGAAAAAAGAAACAGGAAUGGUGCACUUGAACUUGAGGGAGUUGAAGUGAAAAUACAAAUGACUGAUAAAGACAAUAUUGAUGACAUAAUACCUAAAAAGCCACAAGAGAUACAUGAAACAGUUGCAGAGUGCAUGAUAUUUGCUAAUGAAUGGGUUGCUAGGAAAAUAUCACAUCAGCUACCAUCAAAGGCACUGUUACGUAGUCAUGGUGCUCCUCCACAAGAUAUGUUUUCUUCACUAAAGGAAUGCGCCUCUGCACGUGGGUAUGUAAUCAAAACUAGCAGUAAUCUAAAACUAGCUCAAUCACUUGAUAAUGCUGUUGAUGAAUUUGAUCCUGAAGUCAAUAAGGUAUUGAGAAUGUUAGCGACACAGUCGAUGAUACAAGCAUUGUAUACAUCUACUGGCUCUAAUCAUAAAUUAAGUCACUAUGGACUGGGAAUAGAGUGUUACACUCACUUCACUUCACCUAUUAGGAGAUAUGCUGAUCUACUGGUAAGAGAAGGGAGAGAGAGAGAAAAAAG